AUGACAAAUAAAAUAUCGUUGGCAAUUGAACAAGGCCAAAAACCUUCAAUUGGUAGGAGGUCUUCUAAUGAACCUUUGAAUGCUUUUCUAGUUUAUACUUCUGAUAGUGAGGAAUCCAAAGAGGUUGAGAAUGAAAAAUUAGCUCCCAUUGAUACGGUUGCUGUUACCGUUCCUGGUGAACAUAAAGAUGAACAUGGUGACAAAGAUUAUGAAUUUAAUGACGAUUACGAUAAUGAUGCAUAUAAUUAUUCAGGGAACUUGAGAAGAACAGUUUCAGUACCUGACAUGAAUACCCAUCCUCCUAAGAAGCGGACAUUCUCCAUAUGUGAUUUAGAUGACGAUGUUUCACCUAUUUCACCAUUAAAUGAUUCAACAAGACAUCCCAGGAGAAAUUCUGUAGCUUUAAAGUUCCAGAGUCCGAAAUUAUUAACAUGA